UGUAUCGCAGCUGGCGGCUCUUUCUCAGGUUUCAGCUGUCCUGGAGAUUGCACAAGCUGCCAGCCAGGGACCAGGUGAAAGGGCGCUUGCUCCCAGCCAAAGUUUCAUUGGGAAAUUCAUCGGGAAUUAAGUCCCUCCCUAAAGGAGAAAGGUGACACGGUGGAGGUAGAGCAAAAGAAAUGGCGAAAGGAGCGAACCUAUUACCGGCAAGGCAAUAGAAAGGGAAUGAGGCCACAUCUAAAGACAGGGUCAGAGCAGGGAUCGGUGCCAAGCAGACAAGGCGCUGAGAGUCUGGGAGCGAGCCAGGGCGACUCGGUCAGAAAGAGAGGGGGAAGAAAGCAUCAAAGAGACCACAUGAGAGAGAUUCAGCCACAGGAAGAGCCUCCCCGAGAAAGAAAAACAGCAAUCUGCAAACAAACUCAAGUCAUCUUUUCUCAAACUGGGAACAGCAGAAACACACAGUCGGACGCACGGAGUGGACAGAAACGUUAAACCAGGGACAACCCAUUGGCAGAUUGAGCCCAGGACACAUCGCCAAGGUUAAAAGGGGGGGGAAAAUAAAACAAGAACUGUUACCGAUCCGCGGUCGCCAUUCAGAGAAAACAGAACAACCACCAUCAACGUUCAGCGAAACUUCAGUGUACAGUGAAGUGCCGCCAGAAAUACAGAUAGUAUCUGCGGGAGAUUAUUCAUUUGUCCCUUCGACAUUCAGAAACAGCCUUGACAACUGUGGGGGUGGGGGAUUUUCACAUUGCUCCCUCAGUGUUUAGAAUAUUAUAUAUAUUUGUUUAACUAAGAGAAUGAAGCGGCUAUAUGAUGAAAGCUCCUCCGACAGUGAGCUGGACGAGAUGAUCGACGUUGGCAAAGAGGAACAUUACUGUCCUGUAACUCAAUCAACUUCACCCACAACAACUUCUCACAUUCUGGCACGGAAGAGGAGACGCGGGAUUAUUGAAAAAAGAAGACGGGACAGAAUUAAUAACAGUUUGUCUGAACUACGUCGUUUGGUUCCAACAGCUUUUGAAAAACAGGGGUCAUCCAAGCUCGAGAAAGCUGAGAUCCUACAAAUGACUGUGGACCAUCUAAAGUUGCUGCAUGCAACAGGGGGUAAAGGCUAUUUUGAUCCUCACUUGCUUGCUGUGGAUUACAGAAGUAUGGGAUUCAGAGAAUGUCUUGCUGAAGUCAUAAGGUAUCUCAGCUCACUUGAACGAUUUCAAGGCCAUGACAAUACUGAUCCACUAAAAGAGCGUCUGAUAUCUCAUCUCAACAACUAUGUGUCUGAAAUAGAGCCUACACCAUUGGCACCGGCUUCUUUGAUCCAUCGAACCUGGACUUGGCCACACCAUCAAUUAACUACUUUACUUCCACAGACAGCAGAAGGAGGACAAUUACCAUGCAUGGAUACUCUGCAGAACCCAGCUUUCCUUACUGGUUCUGCAUUAGCAUGCUCCACAUCUUCUCUGAGAGGAAUUCCUCUUGACAAAAUAGCCUCCUCAGUGAUAUCACCCACACACAAUCUUCUCCCAAACAUGACAUCAUCUAGCCUCAAUUUCUUGUCAAACCUGGCGUCACCUAUUCAUAGAGUGCUGUCCAACAUGACAUGCACAUUUCCUGGUGUUCUAUCCAAUGUAAGCUCAACCAACAAAAUGUUGACUGGUGUUGCUGUAUCUCCACAAAUUAGUUCACCCUUGCUGUCACCAGCUUCCAGCACCAGCACCAUUCAUACAACAAAUCCAACUGCAGCGAUUCCUGGCUCUUUAGGACUCUUUCCAUCUGUAUCACAUUUCCGACAUAAUCCCUCUAGUCAAACAAGCAACCUGAAUGCUCGCAAAUCCCAGAGGUCAUGGACAACUGCGAUUGGGGCUUUCUGAAUCUAGCCUAAUCAGGAAAAGAUUUUAACUAUACUUUUUUAUGAUGAUAUAUUGUGAUAUAGAAAGUAUAUUGUGCCAGAAAAUAUCCUGAUAGGUUUCAGCAAUUUGUAAUCAUAUGGAAAUGAGAGAAAAUAUAACUGAAGUUCAUAUCAAUGCACCUUACAGUGCAGAAAUUUCCUCCAGCAUCCAGCAUAUGAAACAAUUGCUUUUAGCCUAAUAAAUUAAGUAUUGUAGAUCAUAUAGUUUACUCCACCCUUCCUCACUGUAGUGCUUUUGUUUCUCAAACCAGGCUUGGUCACUGCAAGUACCUUGGAUAGAAAAAGUAGAACAGGAUUUGUGUUCAAUCUUUAGUGACCUUCCAGCCCUCCUUCAUUCUUGGGCCUUGGGCCAGUGAGUUGGGCCACAGAGUCAGUAGAAUUCCUGGUUUUGCAAACCUGAGUUUUAAAAUUAGUGGCCGAGAUAUCAGAUUCUCACUCAUGUUCAGGAAGAUGCUGACUGAGGAGGUGGGCUGAGCAGAAGGACCGUCUCAGGCCCUGCUUCCACCACCCCCUUUAUCUGCAGCUCCCCCAACACCCACUCACAGUGCUGAAGAAGGUUUACACCUGAAA